UAGUUAUGGCCCAUCGCGCUGUCGUGCCUUCUCCUUCCUCUUCUCACCCGUCCCUCUCCUGUAUCCCAUCCUUCUCCGGUGGAAACGGAACAAACGGCCGACGAGAACCCAAACAAAACGAAUGAAUGAAUAAUAACAAUAAAAACGAAAACCCCUUCUUUUCUCUAUUUUUGGCCUUUCCUUUCCACCUUCCGUCCCCUCCUCCUCUUCUUUGAUUUAUUCUCCCAAAUGGAACUCCACCGGGCUUUGUAAAGAUCGGUGCGGCUCUUAGUUGCAUCAAUCCUUACUUUCCCCCUGUUUUUUGAAAAGAGAGAGUGGGGAUUUAGAGUUUUCUUUGUUCUUUUUCGAGAGAUUUAGGUUCCAGAAUUAUAGAUUCUAGCGUUCUUUUGGAACGGAGAUAGACAAAGGAGAGAUUUUGAGCGAUCUUGGUUUGAGGAUUUUAGAUUGUAGGGUUUAUUUAUUUAUUUUUUUCCUGAAAGGAGGGAAGGCCGAAGACAGAGGAGAUCUACAUUUUUUUUUAAAAAAAAAGUCGAUUUUGGACGUGUAGCUCUGGAUCCUAAUUAAUAUUGGGAUGAAGGCCAGAGGAAUGAGUUGCUUUUCCUGUGGAAGCCCUUUUCAGAGAGAAGCUCGAAGGAAGAUGGCAACCAGCAGAAUUCCCCUUUCCCCAUCUCGCCUCAUGGAUUCUCCCGAGUUGGAGAAGUUGGCACCUUCUCCUUCACCGGGUGGAGAGAGGAGAACCGAUGCUCAUAGUUUUACCUUUCGAGAUCUCGGGGCCGCCACCAAGAACUUCAAGCAGUCUAAUUUGAUAGGAGAAGGGGGUUUUGGAAAGGUGUACAUGGGACACUUGAAUUCAGGCCAGGUUGUAGCAAUCAAGCAGCUCAAUCCGAAUGGGUUGCAGGGGACUCAUGAAUUCCUGGUCGAGGUUCUAAUGUUGAUAAUGUUGCACCAUCCGAAUCUUGUCAGCUUGAUUGGCUACUGCCAUGAAGGGGAUGAGAGGCUCUUGGUUUAUGAGUACAUGCCACAGGGUAGCUUGGAAAAUCACUUAUUUGAUCUGCCACCUGGUAAAGAACCACUUGAUUGGAACACACGGAUAAAGAUUGCUGUUGGUGCUGCAAAAGGGCUCACCUAUUUGCAUGAUGUUGUAAAUCCACCUGUUAUCUACCGUGACUUGAAAUCUUCAAAUAUAUUACUAGAUGAUGAUUUCAAUCCUAAGCUCUCUGACUUCGGACUAGCGAAACUCGGACCUGUUGGCGACAACACUCAUGUUUCAACAAGAGUGAUGGGAACCUAUGGCUAUUGUGCUCCUGAUUAUGCUACAAGUGGCAAGCUGACUGUGAAGGCUGAUGUAUAUAGCUUUGGUGUGGUGCUGUUGGAGCUGAUCACUGGUCAGAAGGCAUUUGACUUAUCAAAAGAACCAGGGGAACAGAAUUUAAUUAAAAGGUCACAUCCAUUUCUCAAUGAUAGGAGGAAGUUCACUCAACUAGCUGAUCCAUUACUACAAGGGUGUUAUCCUUUGCGUGCUUUUUACCAGCUAGCUGUCAUCACUUCAAUGUGUCUUCAUGAAAGGGCUCAUCUUCGUCCCAGUAUGCGUGAUGUGGCUGUCGCCCUCGACCAUGUGGCAUCUCAGCCCUAUAUCUCAGAGACCAAAUGUAGGAUCCAUAGCUCCCGAUUCCCUCUACCACUACCUCCAUCGAGAACUACCAAUGCUCCUAAAGUAGCAGUCUGGGAUGUUUUGAAAAGUUGAUUAUUUCCUUAAUGAAAGCAAACUCAUUUAUUCUCAAAAAAAAUUUAAAAAAAAAAAGAAAGAGAAAAAUUGAGGAGCUGGCUUUGGCAAUACUAGUAUCAACUAUAUGCUAUGCAUAUGAUUUAUUCAAAAGAAGGGAACAUUUGAUGGAUGACUGUAAAUCUUAUCGAUCAAGAUUGUGUGAACUAUAUUUAUAUCAACUCUCUUU